AAAAACCAGAGAACCUCUGACAGCAUCGACAAACUCAGGUUGGAUGCUACUGUACACAGACGAUCAGAGGAAGGGAGCUUCAACUAUUUUCACAGAUGAAUCGCUUUCUGUGUCUGCUGGCUGCAGGUCUUUACCUGUACAUACAAUGCCAUGUGAAUGCAGAAUCUCGUUUGAGCAGGAGUGUUAUUGAGCAUGCUGUGAAGGCAGCCAAGGCCACUGUGGAUGAUGCCUAUGAGUUCUCAAGAAGAGAGAGCAUCAACCGUGUUAAGAGGAAUGCAGCCACUCCUUCAGACGUCCUGCGGCUCCUGAAGCAGCCUGCUGGGCAGACCCGUAAUGCUGUGCGUGCUGCAGACUACAUGAAUAUUGCUGUGACGCUGCUCAAGAGGUCUUUGGAAAAACGUCAAAAACGCUCCAUCAAUGACACUGAUCUGAUCUCUGAAAAGGAUCUGCAGGUCGUCGCUGACCUGACAGGCUGCUCCCCCCGACAUCGUGUCCCUUCUUGCAAGACGACUCCCAAUAUAAACAAGUUUCACACCGCAAGUAGUGUCUGCAACAACAGACAAAACACUCGCUGGGGCUCCGCCAACACACCAUUCAUCCGCUGGCUUCCUGCUGAGUACCAGGAUCAUAUCUCUCUUCCCAAAGGCUGGGACCCUGAUCACAAAGUCAACAGUCAUCUGCUACCAUUGGUAAGAGUAGUGUCCAACCGCAUUCUGCGAACAGCUAAUGCUGAUGUGGAGAGCGACCCACUCUACACUCACCUGGUGACCAUCUUCGGCCAGUGGACUGACCAUGACCUGACCUUCACUCCUCACUCUCCUGUCAUCCGCUCAUUCAGUAAGGGUAUUAACUGUGACAAGAGCUGCGAACGCACAGAGCCCUGUUUCCCCAUCCAGAUUCCCAGGGGAGACCUUAUAUUCAGCACAAAGCCAGAGGAGUGUAUACCCUUCUUCCGCUCAGCAGCAGCUUGUGGUUCUGGCAACACAGGCCACAUCUUUGGCGCAAGCAAUGUCCGUCAGCAGAUGAACUCAAUCACAGCUUUCAUUGACGUGGGCCAGGUGUAUGGUUCAGAUGAUACCAAAGCUCGGUUCCUCCGUAACCUCACCACAGAUCAGGGCCUUUUAAGGGUCAACACACGGUACACUGACAACGGCCGUGAACUCCUGCCCUUCACCAACAUGGGUGCCAACCUGUGUGCGACACGAGCUCGCAUUACCAACAACACCAGUGUUGAGGAGGUGCCCUGCUUUCUGGCUGGUGAUGAGCGCUCAAAUGAGAACAUUGGCCUGACCUCUCUACACACACUGUUGAUGCGUGAACACAACCGUCUGGUACGUGCACUGGCCAAACUCAAUCCUCAGUGGGACGGAGAGAGACUCUACCAGGAGGCCCGCAAGAUCAUGGCAGGCUACUUCCAGGUUAUCACCUUCAGAGACUACCUGUACCACAUUGUCGGUCCAGACUUCAUUCAAAAGAAGCUGUCCACCUAUCCUGGAUAUGAUGAAAAUGUGGACCCCAGCAUCUCCAAUGUGUUUGCUACAGCUGCCUACCGAUUUGCUCACCUGAUGGUUCAGCCAUUCAUGUUCCGUCUUGAUGAGAAAUACCAGGAGCACCGUGAUUAUCCAAGCCCGCUCCUGCACAAAGCCUUUUUCACACCAUGGAGGGUCGUUUUUGAAGGUGGUGUGGACCCAAUCAUAAGGGGGCUCGUGGGUCGCCAGUCCAAGUUGAACACACAGAGCCAAAUGAUGAAUGAGGAAAUGAGGGAAAAGCUGUUUUCAUUCUCCUCUAAGCUGACACUGGAUCUGGCCUCUCUCAACCUGCAGAGAGGCAGAGACCAUGGACUCCCUGGUUACAACAAGUGGCGCAAGUUCUGCGGGCUCUCACAGCCACAAAAUCUGUCAGAGCUGGCGAUCGUUAUGAACAACACUGUUCUGGCCAGCAAACUUUUGGAUCUUUAUGGCACACCAGACAACAUCGAUGUGUGGCUGGGAGGAGUGGCCGAGCCGUUUGUCCGUGGUGGUAGAGUGGGACCCUUGUUUGCCUGCUUGAUUGCCACUCAGUUCCAGAAGAUCCGCCAGGGGGACCGACUUUGGUGGGAGAACAAGGGAGUCUUCACUGAGGCUCAGAGGAAGUCACUGAGGGAAACAUCACUUGCCCGCAUCAUCUGUGACAACACUGGCAUCACUGAAGUACCCAAAAGACCCUUCAAAUACCGGCCUCGAGGGUCUGGUUACACCCAGUGUAAGGACUUACCUGCCUUUGACCUAGGUCCAUGGAAGGAGGGAUCAUUAGGACCCCCUGGACCCUCUGGCAGAGAGAAGAAUGCUGCCUUCUCUGUGCGACUGGGCAACAACUUCCCUGAAGCCGGCACACCGAUUGCAUUUCGUGAGGUAAUCUACAAUGGACAGGGCAGCUAUGACAUAAGGACAGGGCUUUUUACUUGUGAGCAACCAGGUGUUUAUGAGUUCCAGUUCCAUUGUACGAUCUACCAGAACAAUGCCAAUCUGGAUCUGCUGCAUAACGGAGAUCUGAUAGUGCACUCAUUCACCACCCGGCAGAGUGGCUACAUCACAGCCAGUGGUAACGCGUACAUCAAGCUUCAGAAGGGAGACAAGGUUUGGCUGGUUGCCCGGCAUGGUGGCAACGGUCUGACCAGUGACAGCUACUUCUCGGGGCAUCUGCUGUUCACUGAGUAGAGGACUGUUGAUGUAGCUGCUGACCCAUGACAUCGUCAAGACAUUGAGUACGGUUGGUUCCUAAAACAUGGCUUCCGCCGGUGACAGGCGUUACGCCACACUUUGCCUGUGAGCAUUGUUUUCCGGCAUUUUUCUUCACCAAUACAUGAUUGAUGAGGUUGUUAAGGUAAUGGUAAUGGUUAGGACUAGGGUGACAUGGCAGAGAAUCAGCAUGAUUACUUUACAGAUAAUAAGCAAAUUCAUUUAAAUACACAAACUUGACGGACUUACCACGUCUACCACUGACCUCUAGCGGCCGUGUACAUAACAACCUCCAGAGGUCUGAGUCACCACAUACUGUAAGUCUGAAAAUCACCCCUUUUUUGUGGAGGACAGUCUUAAAAAAGCUGUUAUUAUCUUAUUUUACUACUGAAAAACAUUGUGAAAAUGAAAUGAGCAUUAUUGUCUUUUUCAAGUUUAUUUUCCUGUUUAAUGCAAGUUGCUGAGCACAAGCAAAACCAGCAGAUGGCGCUACUACAUAAUAUUAAAAGCUCAAGUUGAACCUGAAUUGAGUUUUUUUUUUGUAUAUGUAGCCCAUGCUGGUAUCAUGUAACGCAUUAUAAAACAAUAAAAUGUCAUCUUUGUGAGA